AAUACUACAUUUACAGCACCCGCUUUUGAAUAUUACUUACAUAUUUAUAACAACGAGAUUGUCCCAUAUAUACUUUGCAAGAUGAAGGUUCUAAUUGUUGGUUUUUUGAAAACUGGAACCAAAAGUACGUGCGAAGCUUUAAGAAUUCUGGGCUACAAUGUAUCGGAACAUGGAAGAAAUUUUGAGGAGUUAUAUGAAGAUUGGAUGAAAGUUCUGAAAGGCGAUGGACACUUUGAAGAUUUACGUCAUAUGUUUAAAGGUUAUGACGCAACAAGUGAAAGGUUUGCUAUGGCUUUUUGGAAAGAUUUUCUCAAAGCAUUCCCAGAUAUUAAGUUGAUUCUCACCAAACGCGACGACAAACACAAAUUUGCGAAGUCAUUCAUCAAUCAAUUUACCAAGUACAAUGAAUCCGCGUUUUCAUUUCCACUUUCUGUUUUUUCAUCGACAGCUAGACGAUGGUUUGACAUACAACGGGACGUUAUUGCAAAAGUCUGCAAACCACCUUUCGAGAGCAGGGGAUUUGAAGUAUGUAAAAAAUUUCCCAUUCUGGAUCACGAUCAGUAUGCAAAAUAUUAUGAAGACCACAAUAAUGAUGUCAUAAAGAAUGCACCCCGUGACCAAUUGCUCGUUUUCAAUGUGAAAGAAGGAUGGGGUCCAGUCUGCCAAUUCUUGGGGCACGAAAUACCGGAUGUUCCUUUCCCGUAUGAGAAUAGGAAUGGUGCGAUAACUGCACAUCGCCUGAAUCAUGAUUCGUAUGUAAAAAAAAUGUACACCGAAAUGUAUAUUACUCUCGCAUCAUUAGCUUCAGUCAUUACCUUUAUUGCUGCGUAUGUGUGGUCUUAAAUUCCAUUUCUGCUUUCUAUACCACUACCUCUCAUGUAUCUUCUAUUAACAUUGAUCAUAUUCAGCAUAUAAAGAAUAUAAUAUAACAAUGUAAA